AUGGCCUCUACUGUUCUCGGGAAGAGGACUCGCAGCUCUGCACGUAUAGAUGCUUCAGGUACGAGCCACCGAGGCCCUGGUCGUGGUUCGUCGGACAACACGUCCCUAACGCGCUCUGCAGAGUCAAAGUCAAAUGUCGCAACACGCGCAAAGCGGAGGACCCAGUUUGUCAUACACGAUGAAGGCGAGAUUGAGAAUCCAUUCGUCACUCCAAAGAAACAAAAUGUGCGCGACGAGGAUGCAAUGGACGUGGACGAGCCCGAGGAGAAGACGUCGGUGAAACGCGGGAGGAAGGCUGGCACAGCUCCUGCAAAGUAUGGCGCACCAUGCACACGGCUUCCACUUUCAACAGCCAAAGAGAAUUCUCCGCAGAAGGCGCUCGUGGACAUUCCAGACAAGUUUGCGCCUACUCCUUCAACACCCAGGCAUCGCGACGCGCUUGCCGGCAAAGUUGCCGUCACACCCAGGCACCGUCUCAUCAUCGCCGGACGACCGUUGACGCCUCGCACACCACACACCCCAGGCACUCCACGGAAUACGGGGCCAACAAUCUACAAUGAAGCGCGCCAGGUGUUUGCAAGAGGCUCUGCCCCAACGGCACUGUUUGGUCGGGAGAACGAGAGGAGGGAGCUCGAGACGUUCAUCACAACAAGAACAAAGACUAAGAGAUCUGGAUGUAUAUACGUCUCCGGUCCGCCAGGCACUGGCAAGAGCGCCUUCGUCGACGAUGUCUGCCGUACCGUCUCAUCGAAUGAAUCUGUCAGGACCGGAUACAUUAAUUGUAUGAGUGUAAAGAACGCCACAGAUCUGUACAGAACGCUUUUGGAGGAGUUUGUCGACAUCACCGAGAUUGCAGAGGGCGAUGAAGUAGAUGCGCUUCGGGCAAUCUUCAUGCAGCGGAAGACGUCUUACGUCGUUACGCUUGAUGAAGUGGACCACUUACUGGAGCUGGACAUUGAACUCUUUUACAACAUCUUCGAGUGGUCCUUACAGGAAGCAUCGGGACUUGUGCUAGUCGGUAUCGCGAACGCGUUGGAUCUCACGGAUCGAUUCCUCCCACGACUCAAGGCUCGCGGGCUCAAGCCACAACUACUACCCUUCCUCCCAUACAACGCCACGCAAAUCUCUUCUGUCAUCACUUCAAAACUCAAGGCGCUUCUGCCAGUAGGCUCAACCCAACUACCCUUUAUCCACCCAACCGCCAUCAUAUUCCUCUCCAAGAAAGUAGCCGCCCAAUCCGGCGAUCUACGCAAAGCCUUCGACAUCUGCCGUCGAGCAAUCGACCUCAUCGAAGCCGACACACGCGACCAGCACGCAAAGAAAGCCACAGAAAUCACCCCAUCACCCACCCCCUCACCCUCAAAAACUCCCUUGGUGGAAAAAGUCAACCUCUCCUCCUCAGCCGUGCGCUCUCCCACGAAGCCCAAAGAUCUAAACAGUAUCAUCGCCGCCUCUCUUGCCUCCCUCACCUUCGAAACCGCACCACGGGCCACCAUUGCCCACAUGGCGAAGAUCACAGCAGCAGUAUUCAGCAACGGCACAAGCCAACGCCUGCGAAACUUGAACCUCCAACAAAAAGCUGUCCUCUGUUCGCUUUCUGCUAUCGAGAAGAAGAAGCGCGCCACCGCUGUCGACAGCAUUCUAUCCACACCGUCAAGAUCCCACACUACAUCUCCUACUAUCAAAGAACUCUUCGAGGCCUACACCGCGCUGUGUAAACGAGAGAAUAUUCUACACCCUCUCACGAGCACCGAAUUCAGGGAUAUCGUGGGCAGUCUGGAGACACUGUCGCUUGUUUCGGCAGUCGAGGGUAAAGCUGGAUCGCUAGAUGUUGGCGCUGGUACGCCGAGUCGGAGGGGAGGGCUAAAGCUUUUCCUGGUGUUGUUGUUGAGGAUCGCAGGGUUGCUAGUGUCGUUGGAGAAAAGGAGCUGGCGGACUCACUCGUGGGGCCUGGAGCUGGCAUUCUCAAGGGUAUUCUUGAGGGGAAUUAAAGAGGGAAUCGUGUAG